AUGUCCAACAAGGCAGCGGUUACGUUCGAGAAGCCACUGCAGCAUCUCAGCCUGGCCGACUGGCACUCGCGGCUGAGCCAGCUGAAGAAUGUCGCCUACACGCAGCGCUCGGACGCGUUCGAGCUGCGGCACUCGGCCCGCAACCUGCGGAACGAAACCCGCAUCGAGACGCACUGGGACACGUACCACAACAACGACAAGCUGUCGGACCGGGUGGCCGAGCUGGACCGCUGGCGGGAGACGAUGCGCCUGGUGCUGAAGCGCACGGUGGACGAGAUCCAGGCGCUGAAGGAGGAAAAGGCGAACACCGAGCGGGAGCUGGACGCGCACAUCACCCCGCUGACGGUGGUGACCGAGUGCAUCGGCAUGCGGGACUGCCGGCUCGGCUCGGAGCUGACCUACGACGACGGCGACACCGAGCUGAAGAACGAGCUGUGCAUCGUGGAGAACAACCAGCGGCUGCUGCGCGACCAGAACCAGGCCGCCUGGGAGCAGCUGAACCGGCUGCAGGAGGUCAAGUUCAAGCUGGAGCUCGAUCUGACCGAUAAGGACGAGGCACAGGCGAUCGACUCGCACCAGCUGCAGGUGGACAAGCACUGCGGGGACGUCACGUUCAAGACCGACCCGACCCGGGUUCCCAGGGACUCCUGCACGUACGGCAACUGGCUGGAGUACUGCGAGGAGCUGGUGGCGCUGGCCGAGAACGCACUCUCCGACUCGUUCUCCAUCCGGGAGUCGCUGUUUGCGACGCGCGAAAAGGCUCGCAACAUUCUCCGGGCCCAGCAGGACCGGACGGCGCAUACCCUGCGCAAGCGGAUCUUCGAGACGCAGCGGGCUCGCAACGAGCUCGAGUAUCAGCUCGGAAAGAUGAAGGAGGAGAUGGACAAGUGUCUCCGGGAGAUCGAAACGCUCGAGCGCGCGUACGAUGACAAGACGGAGGCGCUGAAGGUGGUCGAGACGCGGCUAGAGAACCGGGCCCAGCGAUCCGGCAUGGAGCUGUGCAUCGACGAGUCGUAUCACGGGCUGUGCGACGAGGUGCAGAAGCUGCGCGAUACAAUCAAGAUACUGCGCGAAAAAAUCGACGCCACCAAGACGACGUACAACAUGCUGCGGGAUCACGCGAAUAAGAUCGACCAGGACCUGCAGAACAAGCAACACUCGCUGAUGACGGACAUUCGGGCGCUGGACCUGCGUGGCCGCCUGAAGACGGGCGAAUUCGGAGGGCUUCCCACGCAAACCGAUCGCAACAUUCAUCUGUCGCGCGUCGAGGAUGAAAUUCCCAAGACAUAG